UUAGUAUUGAUGUGAGCGCUGGCGUCUGCCUGACAGAGGAGUGUGUGUGUGGAGGCCGACCUGUGACCAGUCACACCGUUGGAGGGCAAAGUUUAGCCUGCGGAGGAGGCUGUAUAUCCAGAGCUCAUCUCCCACAGAGGACACACCGGCGGGCUUCAGCUGUGCGGACAGCACUGAGACUCUGAGCCGUAACGCAGGUGUGUGAGAUCCAUGCAGCAUGUAGCCGGGACUGAGGACAACUGCUGUGUGCUCACUCUGCCGUGGCCCGCUGUCUGCUCCCGCACGCUCCGCUGAUCCGGACCCCGGUGAUCCGCUGGAGCCAUGGGUGGAAGUUUGGGUUGCCACCGCUCCAUUCCCAAGGACCCCACGGACUUCAGCUGCGGCAAGCGCAAGUUCAGCGCAGCGUGUAACUUUGGCCACAUCCUGGUGAACCAGGAGCGCCUGAACAUCAACACGGCCACCGAGGAGGAACUCAUGACCCUACCGGGAGUCAACCGCACUGUUGCGCAGAAUAUCGUGGAGUACCGGGACUGCAUUGGGGGGUUUAAAAAAGUGGAGGACCUUGCUCUGGUCAGCGGGAUCGGGGCCACCAAACUGGAGGUGAUCAAACUGGAGAUAUGUGUCUCCAGCAGGACCAGUUCUUCCCAGCACUCCCCGUCCUCCUUGCGCAAAGAUCUAGAUCACCAGUCCUGCACCGGCAUGAACAUUAACACUGCCACCCUGGCACAGCUCAUGAGCAUCCGGGGCAUCACGGAGAAAAUAGCCAAGAACAUCGUGGCGUACCGGGCCGAACACGGGCCGUUCAAAAGCAUCGAGGACUUGGUGAGGGUCAACCACAUCAACAGCUCCCUUCUGGACAAAAUCCGCUUCCAAGUGUUCGUGGAGCGCUCCAGGGCGCCGUCCACCAACACCAACGGAGGGCUGACCUGCACCACCAAGUCGCACCCCAGCCCGACUUCAUUCAGUCUCAUGAGCGACGAUCUGGACCUCCCGCCCGGAGGACCGACCCAGAUCAUCUCUGUGCGGCCAAACGUGGAGCCCCCGCCCGGCCUGCGGGACGGGAAGCCCGUGGUGCGUCUGGCCACCUGGAGCCUGCAGGGCUGCUCCUGCGAUAAGGCCAACAACCCGGGGGUCAAAGAGGUGGUGUGCAUGACCCUGCUGGAGAAUGACAUCAAGUUACUGGCAGUGCAGGACCUGCUGGAGCGGGAGGCUCUUGAUAAGUUCUGUGUAGAGUUAAACCAAGGAACGCUGGCCACGGUACGGAAGUGGAAAUGGCCACGAGGGCUGUGGAAAAGUAUUGUGUCUGAAAAACCCAGUGGACACUCCUGCAAGGGAGUGAGCUACUCCGGCUUUCUCUGGGACAGUUCGUCUGGUAUUGACCUGAAGGAUGCUGCAGUCCUGGAGCCUCCUGUUGUCAAUGGCAACGGGAAUCAUACAUACCCUGGUCUCUACCUGGCUCACUUUUCUGUUGGUUCAUAUGAGCUGACAGUGGUGAACAUUCACAUGCAGGCCACAGCUGCAUCGGAAGAGUCCAACGGCAAGAACCACAACACAGAUGAAGCCAAGUGUCCGCGCCUCUCCCCCAGCAUCCAGGAAACACUCAAAGCUGAGAAGGAGUUGGUGGUGCUGGGAGAUUUUGGCUCCCCUCCUCAGAGCUCGGAGCUGGACAUACUGAGAAAGGAGAAGCUCUGUGCCCUGGUACCAUCCACCCAGUUCACAAACAUCAGUACCCGCUCACCACAGGGCACCCGCUGCCUGGACAACAUCUGGGUGAGCCGCUCCCUCAAGAAGAUCUAUUCUGGCCACUGCAUGGUAGUGCGGGAGGGCCUGACCAACCCCUGGAUCCCAGACAACUGGUCGUGGGGCGGUGUGGCGUCGGAUCACUGCCCUGUGGUGGCUGAGUUUUACGCAGAUGUGUCCCCUAAGGAGCUGAGCAGGUCUGGUAUGUCAGUGGUGGACAGAGGAGACGUUCUGCCCAAACACGAACGGUGACGACAUCCACAGUAAAGACGGCAGCGGACGACAUCAGACUUUAUCCUGCCUGGAUCCUGCUUUGUCUUGGUUAGUCGUGGAGCAAAGAGUUUCCUGAUGAAUGUGAAGAAGUGCCAUGAUUGCCUUUUUGGAUUUGAAUUUAUCAAUGUAUGAUAGUAAAGUCAUAGAGCCAUAAAAAUGUCCUGACAAAAUAUAUAUUAUGUUCUUUUAAAAAGAAAUGUGCCAAACAUUUUCUAUAUGUAUAUAAAAUAAAGAGAAAUGAAUAGUA